AUGGUUUGUGGCGGCAAGCUCAUCUGCGACGCGCGGAACACUGCCAUACUAGCAAAUCCCGACGUUGCAGGCUAUGGAGUUCUUGUGUCGUUUGUACUCUCGGCUCUGCUUACAGUCGGAGCUGUGAUAUGCGCGUAUCUUUCGGAUUCAAUGCCCGAAAAGUACCUUAGCAAAACGGACGAGGCCUUCAUUAAAGAGUUCCAGCGCAUCAAGAAGAAUUUGCCAUUCCGCCUUUUGCCCGCCAAGUUACGUCCACCACCUACUGAACGACAGGGAAAGCUCAGUCGGGAGAAACGUGUGGAAGCAUUCGACCGCUUCAUAUUGUCGUUGAGCGACCAACAGCUUGCGACUGGCUUGGCGAUUCUGAUAGCUGCCAUCGCAAACCAAUGUACGCUUUCACCCCCUGAAUUUCGAAUUGCGUUCUCAUUAGCAUGGUUCUCAACUACUACACAUCUGGCGACACUUGACAGUUUACGGCAGUAUUUCACAAAACACAAGACUCUACGAAAUGUGCGAGUAUUUGGUAUGCUCACCUUCAUGGUCUUGUUCCUCUAUUGCUUCAUUGUUGUAUUGGUCAUGGAAAAUAGUCCCGAUAACAUCGUUCCGGUUCAAUGCCAUGUCCAAGGUUCGGUCAGAACGUAUAAGGAUGAGGAGAUCACUCUCUCGACCUACUUCUGGCCCUGGGCGAUGACGGCCCUUAUCAUCAUAUUUGCAUACAAGUCCAAGCUCCUCCGCACGUACUCAUACGGGUCGAACGACUUCAUUGGCUUAGGACGCUACUCAAAGAAUGUGCUAUCUCUCUGGAGCCGGUGGAGAUAUCCGAAAGAAAUGCAAUUACCAAUUAUGGAACCUGAUCAGUGGAACUACGUCCGGAAGGAAGCCGCCGAGGAGCUUUUUGCUGGGCGUCGUCAACGUCUUCUCAUGGAUCUCGUACUCAAAAGCAAGGAUCCUGCCUUUAUAACCGAACUAGCCAACGCAUGGAAGUAUGCCGAAUACAGAUAUUGGCAUUCAAUGCUUCCACUGGUACCACCAAUGACAUUCAUGCUUGUCUUUGGUCUUGCCCAGAUGAUACUCUUCCGUUGGGAGUUGGGUGACUACAAAGCCAUUGAAGUCGACACAUCCAUGGGUUUUGGACAGAUUAUCCCACUAAUACUACUUGCACUGCCUUUUCUUGCUGCAGCCGAGAUAUAUCAAGAAUCCAGGUCGGCCUCCCCACCGGGUACGAAGUCGUUAACGUCUAAUACCGUGGUGAUCAGCGAACCAAGUUCAGCCGUAUCACCAACGCGAGUCGAUCGAAUGCCGAUCCUCCGAGUGACCUCAUCCGCUGAUGUUAACGAUCCUCGUUUGGUCCAAUUAGAAGAACAAGGACGCGAAUAUGACAAUGAGAUAGCCAACGUCAAAAGAUACUUCUAUCGGGAAGUGGAAGAAGUGAAAAUGCAGCACACAAACGCCAAGACGGAUCAAGAAAUGAGAGUCAUCCUCAUUCGCAAAGAGCAGCUACUAAAAGACACCAAAACCUGUUUUGAGGCUGAAAACAAGAUGAAGGGCAAAGGGGUUCCUCUAAAAAUCGCCUCGCUUCUCUACAUGCGGGUGACUUUUCUUGCCGCGGCAGCUAUUCUUCUUAAUCUGCCACGUAGGCAUUUCAUUGGUGGUAUCAUUGGAGGAGCGCUGCUGCUCAUGCAGCUCAGCUCGCAGUUAUAUGUGUGGAUCUCUACAUUGCGGGGGACGGAAGUCAAGGUUUACGUUCGGUUGUUGGCAAAGUUCGACGAGAACAAGCAGGGAAGGCUGCGUGCUCAGUUGCAUUAG